GUCAACAGGGAAUCUCGAAACGGAGACGAGGUGCACAUCUGGAAACCAUGUCCACUCCAACAACUUUGACGGAGCCAGCGAAGAUGGACGUGGAACCCACAUAUGCGCAAGUGGCGAGGGCGCAACAGAUCGUACUACAACAACUGCCACACACACAGCCGACAGCGGGAAGGGACAUCACUGAAGACCAGGAGAUCAGUCAACCGCCGGCUAAACUUGGUCAACAAGCUCUUGAUUUCCUCAUCAACAGAACAAGAAUCAAAUCACAUGUGAAAAUAUUGAAGGAGAAAAUCAAAGGUGAUGGAGGAGUACAAACAGAAGUGGACGUGUGGGAAUACCCAGAGGAGGACAUGAAAGAGGUCAACGCUGUUUACGAAAAACAAGUUGUGCUUUUCAACUUUUCGCAUAAAAGCAAGGAACUCUCAUUGAACGACAAAAGGGCGUGGGUGCUGGACCGCCUUAGAGCUCUUCAAACUGUGCCAGGGAUGGAACCAGACAUAUCCCUCCAUAAGAGGGGGAGGAACACGGUCAUGGUGUUAUGCGUAGAGGAGAGCUACGCCAAGUACAUUAAAUCUCUUGAUUCCCUCAGCUGCAAGGGGUCGGUGGUCACCAUCAGAGCAUGGAAACCCCCACGAACACCGCAGGGUGAGGCAACCAGACACGGACUGAACGUGCUGCGAUAGCACUUCUCGGUUCAAUUUGACAACCUCUCGGAGGGCCUCCACAACAUGAUCAACAAACGUCUGGAGACGCA